CGGUUGUAUAUUUUUUUGCAUUUUUUGCAAACAAAUUAAACUAAGAUCAUUUCUAUGUCAAAUUUAUAAAUGUUAAAGAGGUCUUAGCCUUUACUCGAAUAAUUUUAAUUUAUUGUUAAGCUGGAUUUGAAACACAAAAAUGGGGAAUCUCUUCGGAAAGAAAAGCGACAAUAAACAUGAAAAGAAAGAAACCAGAGUGACAGACCAAGACAAAGCAGUUUUAGAAUUGAAACAACAGAGAGACAAGUUAAAGCAGCUGCAGAAGAAGAUAACUCUGCAGAUGGAAAAAGAAAGAGAAAAGGCAAGAGAGUUUUUAAAAGAGGGGAAAAAGGAAAAAGCAAAGAGGUUACUUAGACAUAAGAAAUUUGGAGAAACACAGAUAGAAAAGAUGGAUGGACAAUUGGAAAAUAUAGAUAGAAUGGUUCAUGAUUUAGAGUUUGCCCAGAUAGAAGCACAGGUGUUGAAAGGUUUACAAGCUGGUAAUGAGUCUCUUAAACAACUUCAUCAGAUGUUCUCUAUAGAGACAGUUGAGAGGAUUAUGGAUGAGACAAGAGAGGCACAAGAAUAUCAGCAGGAGAUAGAUGAUUUAUUGUCUGGAGGUCUUACACAAGAAGAUGAGGAGGAUGUACUAUCUGAGCUAGAUGAUAUCAUUAAGUCAUCAUUGCCGGCUGUUGAGGAUGAAGGGGUACCAGAGUUACCUGAUGUUCCAGGCCAGGAACCAUCAGAAAAGACAAGAGCAAAGAAAGAAAAGAGAACACAAGAAGCAAUGUUGGCAUCAUGAUACUCCCAGUUAUUGUUCUAACUACUGUAACCCAACGAAUAUUCGCGACCAAUUAAUAUUCGCUUUAUUCGCGGAUGGCCACAAAGCGCGAAUAUUUGUUUGCGCGAAUAAGUCCGCACGAUUUCGCGAAUAAAUUGGAGAGAAAUUUUUAUUUUAGACGUUUUUCAUGCAAAGCUACUUGACCGGAUAUAUUCGAGUUUUACUGGCACCUGUUAGGAAGUAAUGAAUUGUUAUGAAUAUUGCCAUAAAGCAAUAAAAACACAAACUAACUUAACUACUACUAUUUUAUAAAUAUAAAAAAAAACCUAAAAAACUCUAUGUCAAUAUAGCAAUCAAAAUAAACAUCCACAUUUUAAUACUAUUAAAUAUAAUAAUAAAUGUUUGAAUAAUCGUUUGACAAAAGUGGGAAAACUAUCGAGCAUCACAAAAGGCUAUUGUUUUUUGAUAAAAUAAUUGUUUGAGUGAAUUGUUAAGACAAAGGUGGUGUAAACAUAUCGAGCAUUACAAAAUGGUAUUGUGUGUACAUAAUUACAAACAGUGAAAUACAAAAUGGUUUCAUACUAGUAUCGAUUUUUACCCGUCAAACAGCCUGUAUAAUAACAUAAUUUUCUCGGCGUGGGUUCGAUCCCUGAUUGGAGAAGGUGUUUUUUUUAUGAAACGCUUAAAUUGAAUUUCUUAAAGACUUUUCUAGAUAAAGUGUGUUUACAAAAUAUAAAUAUGUUAUAGAAAUAACGACAUGUUUAGAAAUGAAGACGAACGAUGCGUACAUGUACAUAUAUAGAGAAAAUGUUUUGCUGAAUUGUGAUCACAAUUCACUUACCAAUACAAUAUAAGGCUAGCGUAUUGUUAAUCCCAUUUAAGACACCAAUAAUGACCUCAAUUAUUGAAGAUUAAUAGUCGGCUAAUAGAUUUUACGGCCCCAUCGGACUUUCCAAUCCGCGAAUUUUUUUUUUCGGAAAUCAAGAAAACGCGGAAAUUAAUAUUCGCGAAUAUGUCCGACCUCGGCAAAACGCGAAAAUUUGUAUUCGCGAAUAUAAAUUGGGUUACAGUAUAUAUAUUUUAUGAUAAUUUAUUUUAAUCUUAACAGAUCAUGUGAUAAUAUUUGGAUUUGUAUCUGAUCCUGAUAUUCAACUGCCAACAAGUAUAAUUGUGUGGGAAGUAUUUUCAACUGGCUGAAAUUGAAUCUUGUGUAAAUUGUCACAAGUUAUCAUGCAUAAUGUUAUCAUUUUCAUUCAUUGUGUUUAUCUGUAACUGUCCUGUACAUGGUUAUUGUAUAAGUUUGUUCCUCCCUAAUAUCAUGUAUAUUUGAUUCAUCCAUUACAUGUAGGUGUAGAAACUCAUGUAGUUUUACUAGCAUAACUUCAUAGAUAGAUUUACAUUUGUGUUAACUGUCACAUGUUGUAAUGCAAAGAAGUCAUUUACAUAAAAUAUUUACAUGUUCAUUGUACUGACGAUUCUGAUAUUUUAAGGUAUUUUAUGAGCAAAACAAACAAAAACAAGCAUGUUGAAAUGGCAGACUUGUUUUUGAUGAGGAAGUCAUUUUUCACUAUUGAAUAUAGAAUAACCGAAAGUGUGUGUUAUUAUGCAAUAAAGUCACAGUUGACGUUCUAUAUUUAGAUAUGUGACAUAAUCAUUAUACAUUUGACAUGACCACUAAAAAAAUCUGACGUGCUAAAAAUAAGUACGGAAACAAAUCAGGCGCAAUUUUGCUAAAUAUCAGGUACGGCAGCAUUUAUUUGUUGAUGUCAUGUUAGAAUCAAAAUAAUAUAUCCAAAUCGGUGAUUUUAUUGCUUGAUAACAUCACUGUUUGUCGUUAGGAUGUGCAUCAUUAUAUCACUCGGGUUACGCCCUCGUGAUAUAAUUCGUCGCUUCCCAACUCCAAACAGUGAUGUUAUUGAGCGAUAAAAUCACAGUUUGGGAUAUAUUAUUUCUUAAUGAAAACAUCCCCUAAUAGUGGUUUAAGAAUUCAUUCUUCAUAACUUCUUGAGAGGCAUACAGUAUGGGGUGACAUUUUAUAGCUGCCUAUCCGCACAGAACACUUAUUGAUACUCAUUAAGUACAAAUCAGGGUUGAAUCAAUGACAUCUUGUGUUUAUAUGUUAGUUAUAACUUGAUAUCUUACAUUCAUUUUAUAUAUAUUGAUUUACAUCUACGCUAUUUUGUUAAGUUUUUCUAUGUAUUGACACCAUAAACAACAAAAUUAUAUAAUAUGAAUAACUGAA